AUGUCUGACCGGAACGAACUCAUACGCAACGCCGUUGUCUUCCUCAACGACCCCAAUACUCAGACAUCUCCAUAUGCUCAAAGGGUCCAAUUCUUAGAGGCCAAAGGCCUCACUCCGUCUGAAAUCGACCUUGCUAUUCGACAAGCGGCCCAAACGGGAAGCUAUGCCGCCUACCCAAUAUCGCCUCCGGCAUAUAAAUGGGACUGGCGAGACUACUUCAUAACCGCUGUGGUUUCCGGUACGGUUACUUAUGGUGCCGUCGCUCUCUUCAAGAAAUAUCUGCUACCACAUCUUCAACCCCCAACCUCUACCGCGUAUGAACACGAUCGAGACGCCUUAACCGCCCAAUUCGAUGCCGCCGAAGCGUUGCUAAAGGAAAUUCAAGCCGAGUCAGCUGCAGUUCGGAUUGCAGUGGAGACUCAAAAGGAGCGAAUUGACGAGACAACGAAGAAUGUGGAUAUCAUGGUUCAAGAAAUGAGGGAUGGAGAGGCCAAAACACGCGACGAGAUGCGAGAAAUCAGAGAUGAAGUCAACUCUAUUCGCGAAAUGUUGCCUAAAAUGAUUGAGCGGAAUAAAGAGAGCCAAGCACAGUCCCUUGGAGAGUUACAGCAGGAACUCAAGUCGCUUAAAGCGUUAUUAUUAAGUCGUGGUCCAACCAGCAGCAGUCUCCCUGCUUCGCCAAUGCCAGCAUUAGGGAGGCCUUCCAUACCCGCCUGGCAGCUAGCAGAGAGCCCUCCAAUGGCAAAUGGGAAGGGGAAGGAGGUCGAGAGUAGUACAAACUCGGAUGUGGUCACGUAA